UGGAUGGAAAUUGUUGGGUGGCCCUGCCACCAGGGUGUUAUGGUUGGCAUGGGCCAGAAAGAUAGCUAUGUGGGGGAUGAGGCUCAAAGCAAGAGAGGUAUCUUGACUCUGAAGUACCCGAUUGAGCAUGGCAUUGUUACCAAGUGGGAUGACAUGGAAAAAAUCUGGUAUCACACCUUCUACAAUGAGCUUUGUGUCGCUCCUGAAGAACACCCUGUGCUGCUCACAGAAGCCACCCUGAAUCCCAAGGCCAACAGAGAGAAGAUGACACAGAUUAUGUUUGAGACAUUCAACACUCCAGCCAUGUAUGUGGCUAUCCAAGCUGUGUUGUCCUUGUAUGCCUCUGGCCGUACCACUGGUAUUGUAAUGGACUCCGGACAUGGUGUCACACACACUGUGCCCAUCUAUGAGGGUUAUGCCCUUCCUCAUGCCAUUCUUCUACUGGAUUUGGCUGGCCGAGAUCUCACAGACUACCUCAUGAAGAUUCUGACAGAAAGAGGCUACAGCUUCACCACCACAGCUGAAAGGGAAAUUGUACGAGACAUAAAGGAGAAAUUGUGCUAUGUUGCCUUGGACUUCGAGCAGGAAAUGGGUACAGCUGCUUCUUCUUCCUCCGUGGAGAAGAGCUAUGAGUUGCCUGAUGGUCAGGUGAUCACCAUGGAGAAAAUGAUCUGUGAGAAGGUGAGAGCUUUUUGA